AUGAGUGGCGACGCCAGCAUCUUGCCAGAAGAGCAUGAGAAGUCGCUGGCGCUGGCAGCCGAAUGCGCCAAGCUUUGGCCCAAAAUGUUGGCCAAAGGUCAGGAGGAUGGGCCACCAGAAGGCGCCACAAAUGUGGAGCCCAGCAAGCUCAGCGAGGCGGACGUGCACACCAUCAAGGUAGACGUGCUGCGCACCCGGGGGAACCACCCGGCCUUCGACGCCACGAUGCGUGAGCAGCUGCGGAAGAUGCUGACGGAGCUCUGUCGGAAGGAACGGAUACGUUACAUGCAGGGCCUGCACGAGGUGGCCGCUGUCUUUGCCUACAUCCAAUCAGUAGCUGCAUUUGACGGCGAUUCUGAGGCUUCAGCCCUCAACUGCUUUACCUCAUUCGUGCGAAUUUUUAUGCCUUGCUUUUACGAUGGAGAAAGCUUUGUGAUUCUCCACGUCACGCUGCUUUUUUUUCGCCAGCUGUUGUUGUAUCACCUACCGCACUUGCAUAACCAACUGGAAGAAGCUGGUGUUGCACCUGUGGUCUACGCAACGCCUUGGUUCAUCACACUCUUCGCCUAUAAGAACCCAUUGCAUGUCAUUAUGAGGCUGUGGCAUGAAUACAUCCGGCGAGGGGAUCCCACUUUCGUGCCUUUCUUGGCAGUUGCGUUGAUGGAACUGGAGAAACAAGCAUUUUUGGAUGCACAGGAAGAUGACUUCAACAGUGCAGUUGAUAGAACCCGAAUUACAUCUCUGGAGAAGUUAAAAGAUGUUUGGAAAGCAGCAGAAAAUCUUCAUGCGCGCACUCCAAAGUCUUUCACCUUCCGAAUGUCCAAAGUGCUGACGCAGGUCCGGCAACAGCUGCGCAAGACGGGCACCGGUGCCCCAUGGACCGGCAGCGUUUUGGCGCGUGCUGAACAAGAGCGCCGCUUGGCUCUGCUCGCUCGGGAAGCUGUGGCGCAACACGUGCGCGACGGGGCGCUUGGAGCCAGUUCCACUGGCGAAACUGUGCCGUCGACUGGGUUGCCCAGUUUGAAAGUGUUGCUGCUGGACGUUCGGCCAAAAUCUGCUUUUGAUGCUGAGCAUUUAUCCUGCGCAGUGCACUUCCAUCCCACUUGUCUCCAGCGAUUCGCCUUGCUGAGUGCUGGCAUGAGUCAGCCAAGGGCUGAAAGAUUGGCAGCAGCUUUGAAGCGCGCCAUGGUCGACGUGGGCGACCUCGUUCUCCGCAAGGAUUCCGCACCGGUCCUUGGCGUUGCGGGCGCUGCGGGCGCUGGCGCUGCAGACGCCACGGUGCUGGGCACUGAGGUUUUCCAAGCACUGCAAGCGGCGGCGUCGGCGGCCUGGGGCGAAGGUUGGCUCUCCGAAUCCGAGAGGGCACAUUUGGCCAUCCUCGGCGGUGAGGAUGAUUGGGAUUCUGCCCAGCUUUGCAAAACCGACGCAGGCGGUGUGGUAGCAGCACUCUUCGAACUGCUUACUGAGCAGCUCUCUAUGCCACGCGUCUCGGUGAUCCUGGGCGGUGCUGGUGUGCUGCAUCGGGAAGCAGAGAAACGAGGCGUGAAGCUCUGCUCGAAGGCUGUGGAGCUUGGGCCGCAGGACCGUCUCCGCGGCCUGUUGUCAGGGGGCGCAGAUCGUGCGAGCCGUGCCUUUGCAUCGUUACGGCAGAAAGCCAAGCAAGCGGUAGACGCACGAGACGCCCAGUGA